AUGUCAGGAUCGGCCCCAGAGGAGCCUCAGAGCACGGCUGGUGACCCUGACCCUGCUCCCGUUGCUGUCGGACCUGGAGGCUCAAGUGACAGUUCCUUUGGUGAGCAAAACCUUUGCUUCGCCACCACAGAUGCCGGCCUGGCGGAGAUGAUGGAAAUUGAGUACAGCCAGCUGCAGCACAUGCUUUACUCCCACCUGGAGGCACAAGGUAGUGAAGGUGAAGGCAGGCUCCGUUCUCGCUCCUCCCCUGGUCAUUCUGCAGACCCCCCCCUGCAGCAGGUCUUGCGGAGCAGCAGCCAGGAGGGAUGCUCAUCAGCCAGCUCUGGGAGCCAGUUGCUUUACCCCAUUAUCAGUCAGCCAGGGUUACCUUCUGACAGCAGUUUGCCAAUUUCACACCCACGUUUGGGCUCUGCUGACUUGCAGGAGCUCAGAAUGAUGUUGCUUAGUGAGCCUAACGUCCCUUUGAGCCAAACAGAGAAAACAACCAACAGUAGCUCUGUAGAAGUCCAAGGACACAGUUUAGUGAAAGUUAAACCUGGUGAAAAUUCGGUUGGGAUGGAUAAAGAAAACAUAGUUGUUGAUGGUUUGGCACUGGCACCACAGCCUAGGUCGAAAUCUACAGUCAGAGUUCGGUUGGAAGACAGAUUCAACAGCAUCCAGACUGAAAACCGCAGAUGUCAAGAACCCCAAGAUUCUGGAGUAGCUCUUAACAACUUAGUAACGUUGAUUCAACAGCCGUCAGAGGGGAUAGCUGUUCCACCUCACCAGCAAGAAAACAAGAGUUCUGCACUGGGGAAAAAUAAGACUGUGCCAGUGGUCCCUUCUUUACAGUUCACAUGCCCAUUGUUUGCUGUGAAUGCAUGUUCUGCUGCUGGAAGUGCUAACCCUUCACAAGUUCAGACCUCUGGAACGUCUUGCACUCUUCUGGAAGCUGCCAAACAUCAAGACCUUGGGAUACCCAAGACACUGUCUUUCUGCUCUCAGGAAGUUGAAUCCACGAGACAGACGGGAGGCACAAUGAGUAAAACAUUGCCUGAGGAAGUUUGGGUUGAAGUUGGAGAAAACACCUUGUGCAAGCAGGCAGUGAACAGGAGAAGCUGCAGCCGAGUCAGCCCGUUGGCCUCCAACAUGGAUCGCAAACUGCUGGGUGAGAUCCAGAACGUGCGGAGCGGGCGGCAGAGCGGGGCCGGCGCCCCGGGGCCCUGGCCAGCAGCACAGGCACAGGGCAGCUCCCAGGACGGCUUUGCUGAGCGCAGGGAGAGGCACAACCGCAUGGAGAGGGACAGAAGGCGCAGGAUCCGGGUUUGCUGUGAUGAGCUGAAUCUCCUGGUUCCCUUCUGCACCGUCGAAACUGACAAGGCAACCACUUUGCAAUGGACAACAGCGUUUCUGAAGUACAUCCAGGAGAGGCAUGGGGAUUCUCUGAAACAGGAAUUUGAGACUGUCUUCUGUGGUAAAACAGGCAGGAGAUUAAAACCAGCAAGAUCAGACUCGUUUGUAAUGUAUCCAGUGCAGGAAAAGAUCCACGGCUAUGGAGAGCAAGUCAUCUGAACUG